ACACAGGCCCGGCUUGUGCUAAGCUGCGAACUCUAGUUUCUCAUAUUCUUUCUGGCUGCCCAACAAAUCAACAAUAGAUGAAAGACUAUAAUAACUACAGUAGAUACUAGUGACUCAAGGCUCAAGCUUCCUAGAAAAUAAAAAAACCGAGUGAAGUUGGCAGCUCUAAUACCCAGUGCUUCAAUGGCGGAAGAGCAGCCGCAACAAGAAGAUGAACAAGAACAACACUUUGAAGAAAACGAUGAAACCAUUGAUAAUCAAAGUGAAGUUUAUUCAUGGCCAGAAAUUAGGUUCGACAUUCAACCUCACAGAAACUACCAUUUUCAUCGCCAAUUUCGCUCUCAUUCUAACCCUAACAACUUCCUCAAAUCCGCCAAAUGGUCGCCUGAUGGUUCAUGCUUCCUUACCAGUUCUGAUGAUAACACUUUUCGCCUCUUCUCAUUGCCUGAUAAUGAAAGUGAUUACCCGAAUGGGUCUUUUUCCUCUGAUCCCGAUGAAGAUUCAUAUGCUGCCAACCUUGUCAUAAAUGAAGGGGAGUCUGUGUAUGACUAUUGUUGGUACCCUUACAUGUCAGCUUCAGAUACGACUAGCUGUGUUUUUGCUACAACUACUCGUGACCACCCUAUUCAUCUUUGGGAUUCAACUACCGGUGAGCUACGCUGUACAUAUCGAGCUUUUGAUGCUAUGGAUGAGAUUACUGCUGCCUUUUCGGUUGCUUUCAACCCUACUGGAACCAAGAUAUUUGCUGGGUACAAUAAAACACUGAGGGUAUUUGAUGUGCAUCGCCCGGGUAAAGAUUUCAAACAACAUUCAACUCUUCAAGGAUCCAAAGAAGGGCAGUCUGGUAUCAUAUCUGCAAUUGCUUUUUCUCCUGCAAACUCUGGUAUGUUUGCUACUGGUUCUUAUGACCAGACUACUGCCAUAUAUAGUGAAGACAAUAUGGAACUCUUGUAUCUUUUACAUGGACAAGAAGGCGGGAUUACACAUUUACAGUUCUCAAAGGAUGGCAACUAUUUAUAUACAGGUGCUCGGAAGGAUCCCUAUAUAAUGUGCUGGGAUGUGCGUAAUACUGUGGAGGUUGUGUACAAGUUAUAUAGAUCAACAGAACAUACUAACCAGCGGAUAUCAUUUGACAUUGAGCCCAUCGGUCGACAUCUUGGAACAGGUGGACAGGAUGGUUUGGUGCACAUUUAUGAUCUGCAGACUGGGCAGUGGGCAUCCAGUUUUGCAGCUGCAUCAGAUACUGUGAAUGGAUUUUCCUUCCAUCCAUUCCUUCCAAUGGCUGUCACUUCAUCCGGACAUCGAAGGUUUGGGUUUCCUGAUGAUGCUGAUGAUGCAGAAGUUGUCACCACAAACAGUAAUGAGAAUUGUGCUUCUGUCUGGGGGUUCUCCUAUACUUCAGCGGCAGAAAACAUGAUGAGCAUCGACAAUGGAGAUUCGGAUCCAAAGUUGGAAGAUGAGAAGUUGUAGAGGAGCUUAGGUGACUCUACACUGUCAAUUUCUGAGAGGCAUGAAAAGUGUUCAGGUUCUGCAAUUUCAUUGAACAAUCUAGACUUCAUUUUCGUGUAAGUCAAGCACUAUCAUUAGCCUAUUGUAGCUUGUGAAUAUGUAGCAUUUAGACUGUACAAGUUGGCUUGGUGCCAUAUCUUAUAUUUCUUGCGUGCUAGAUAGCUAACUUAGAUCAUUGCCAGGAAUGAGCCAUGUCAGGUUUAUGGGUUUUCAACUUUGAAGUACAGUUGGUUUGAUAAAAUUUACCAAGUUAUAGGUUUCUUA